CUCAACUUUCUUAAUUACCCGAUUAAUAAUUAUUAGCAGCUAGCUGGAGAAUCAUUAACCAAGGAAUUAAAGAAAUCUAUCUAUAGCAAUGGAAAACAAAGGUCGGGAUAUGAGCUAUGACUCUGCUGAGAUGGGCGAUGAAGGCCGUAAUGUGAACUACAGGGCUGCCGCUGGUGAUCAAAUUACCGGUCAACCUCAGUUGUUCAAAGAUGACUUGACAAACCAGGGCACUAACUACCAUCAACAGACAAGGAGUGAUGGAUACAUAGACCAAGGAUACAAAGCCUCUGGCAAUGAUGGAUAUAAGAACCAGUCUGGCAACGAUGGAUAUAUGAAUCAAGGGUACAAAAACUCUACCAAUGAUGGAUACAUGAAUCAAUCUGGCAAUGAUGGAUAUGCAAACCAGGGCUACCAAAACUCUGCCAACGAUAAUUACAUGAAUCAAGGAUACAAAACCUCUGGCAAUGACGGAUACAUGAACCGGUCUGGCAAUGAUGAUAACAUGAACCAAGGAUACAAAACCUCUGGCAAUGACGGAUACAUGAACCGGUCUGGCAAUGAUGAUUACAUGAACCAAGAAUACAAAACCUCGGGCAAUGACGAAUACAUGAACCGGUCUGGCAAUGAUGAUUACAUGAAUCAAGGAUACAGAAACUCUGGCCAAGACAACAGUGUCCUUCAACAGACAGGAGGAGGUGUCAUGAACAUGGCGCAGGGAGCAGUGCAAGGAGCGGCAAGCGUGGCAAAAGAAGCGGCAAUGGGUGCAGCAAACAUAGCACAGGGAGCAGCCACCGCCGUGAAGAACACUCUUGGGAUGAACACUGACAUGACCAGCUCCACCCCCGGCACAGCCGACACCACCACCCCCACAUAUCACCCAAACAACCCAAACUCUAGGGUUUGA